CCAGAGAAGGGAGGGAGGGUGGGCGAGAUGAGUAGGAAGGGCUAUUAGUGCUCCGAGACGGAGCGAGUGAGAGUGGGAGAGGAAAGUGUAGCACAGCCAGAGAGCAGAACAGUGAUCUCUCUACUCCAGCCUGGAUCCUUACACACCCUGAGGACUUAACUACACCAUCUUACCCGUCACACACAGCCAGAAACCGCCUCAGCUGCUUCAGGUCCUUUUCUUCCUCUCCCUCGUCCUCCUUCACUCUACCUGGGAGGGAGUGUUCCACCUGGCUAUCUAUGCUGACAGUGCUGUGAGGUAGAGGACGGGGAGACACACGACUACCUCAGAGGACAAGGACGAUGAUUGAGGGAGGAAAAAUAAACGGAAGGAUGAUGUCAUCCCCUGAUUUGUCCUGCUCUCCGACUCUGUGACAGAAAGAGAGAGAGAGCGCACACCAAAUGCCACAUAGCUGAUGGCCCAGUGUUGUAAUAUAUUCUCCUCUCUCUCUCCAAAGUAGCUAAUGACCUUCCUCCCAGCCUGGUCUGACUUUGUAUAAGGUGCCACAGCACUGAGGUGAUCCUGCCUCACCCCAGUGGAAUUACAACGUGUGAGGAGACGGAAACGCCAUUGACCUUUACUCUCCUCUCUGGAAGGUGAUGGAGGGGUGUUUCUGAAGGGUGUCGGAGGGAAUACGUACAGAAGGAAGAGGGGAGGACAGUUGAGUAUCAGCCAGGCACUGCUCUGCCUCUGUUAAGAGCCGAGGAGGAAUACAGAUCAAAUGACAAAGGACGACAAGCAGCUGCAUAAAAGAAACCAUUCAUUUAGUCAACCACGUGGCUGGAUGCUACAAUGCACAUCCUCUCCCUGCCCACCGCGGACGACGAGCGCGUGUGUUCCUGCGUUUAAUGAAUGCUCGGCGCUUUCCCCUAACCCGGAAUACAGUGUUUUUAUUGGAUGUACGAGAGUAUAGGGCAGUCCUCUGUGAUCCAUCACUGUUGUUUACAGCCUCUGGGUAAAGUAAAAUGAAGAAAUCUUUUGAAGGUGGACUGGUUUUUCUCUCAUGGUGGAGCUGAAUUUGUAUCCGUGGAAAUAGAAAAGGAAGGAUCCAAGAAACACAGUUUCAGUUGGCUCCAACUGCAUCACAAUACUCCCAUUAUUUAGACAAAAGGUUGCACCAUUAGGAUUAAAAGUGUGCCAAGUGGCGAUUUCUGCUACUACUGCAUUAGCAUUACUACUACAGAACUAUGGUUGGUUCUUGUGAUUUUCUAUUGGGGCCUCAGAAAGGCAGCUCUGGCUGGUUCAUGGACUCUUGAAGGGGAGACGGCACACGAGGGAGGGGAUAAUGCAUACCCCUCCUGUGCUGAUCUCAGAAGCCACCAUGAGCAACGUGACUGUCCUCGACACCUCGGAACCCUCUGACCUUGAUAUGACCCAGUCUGCCGCCCCCUACCCCAUCAGCUUCCAGGUGUCGCUGACAGGGUUCCUGCUGCUAGAGAUAGUGCUGGGCCUAAGCAGCAACCUGACAGUGCUGGUCCUCUACUGCAUGAAGCAGAACCUCAUCACCUCCGUGUCCAACAUCGUCACCAUGAAUCUGCACGUCCUAGACGUACUAGUGUGUGUGUCUUGCAUCCCGCUGACUGCAGUUGUAAUACUCCUCCCCCUAGAGGCUGAUACAGCGCUGGUCUGCUGCUUCCACGAGGCCUGUGUCUCCUUCGCUAGCGUAGCCACGGCCUCAAACGUGCUAGCCAUCACUGUCGACCGCUACGACAUCUCAGUGCGUCCAGCCAACCGCAUGCUAACCAUGGGCCGCGCCGUGGCUCUGCUGGGCUUAAUUUGGGCUAUGUCCUUCUUCAGUUUCCUGGUCCCCUUCAUGGAGGUGGGCUUCUUCAGCGAUUUUGGCUCAGAGUUCGUCAACCAGACUGCAGUUGCCUCGGUGGUCCAUACCAACGAGUACUACACAGAGCUGGGGCUGUACUACCACCUCCUGGCUCAGAUCCCCAUCUUCUUCUUCACGGCCGUAGUCAUGCUGGUGACCUACUACAAGAUACUCCAGGCCCUGAACAUCCGCAUCGGCACCCGCUUCCAACACAACCAGCCCAAGAAGAAGCCCCGCAAGAAGAAGACCAUCUCCUUGACUACCGCAACGCAGGUGGAAUCUACAGAUGCGUCCCAGGGCAGCGGGGCAGUCAGAGGGGGCGGAAACCCACCUGCGGUCCUGUCGAUGCGGACCUCCGUCUCAGUCCUCAUGGCUCUGCGCAGGGCCGUUAAACGCCACCGGGAACGGCGGGAGAGGCAGAAACGUGUCUUCAGGAUGUCCCUACUCAUCAUCUCCACCUUCCUGCUCUGCUGGACGCCCAUCACAGUCCUCAACACGGUCAUCCUCAGCGCAGGGCCCUCAGACUUCACGGUCAAGUUGCGGUUGGGUUUCCUGGUCAUGGCCUACGGGACGACCAUCUUUCACCCACUGCUCUACGCCUUCACCAGGCAGAAGUUCCAGAAGGUGUUGAAGAGCAAGAUGAAGAAGAGGGUGGUGUCCGUGGUAGAGGCUGAGCCCAUGCCUAACAACGUGGUCAUUCACAACUCCUGGAUCGACCCCAAGAGGAACAACAAGAAAGUCACCUUCGAGGAGACUGAGGUCAGGCAGAAGUGUCUAUCUUCCCAGGACCUGGAACAAAACAACAUCGUCUGUCAUCCAUGAUAAGGCUAUAGUGCAUCGUGAAGAUCGGCUUGGAGGCAGUUAGGCCGAAAGACAUACCUCUCAACAGAGGUGGCAGAGUGGGAUAAUGGGAUGUCCAUCUUCAGAGAAAGUGGAAUAAAGACAAUUUCUGAGAAGCCGCUGAAUAUCUGCAUGGCUAGAGGGAGUUGGUAGACACGAGUCUGAGCCAAGGUCAAGAUAGAAAAGCUUCUGUUCAGAAGAUGUAGAAUAAGACAAUGUGGAUUAUGAGGACGUGAAAUAAGAAUAAAAUGGAUUAAGAAAUGGACACUUAUACAAGGUGACAAAACAUUAUCAGGAACCAACUCAUUUAAAAAAGGGAAACCACUUAUCCAAAGCAGCAAUGUAAAUGAAAGUGUUUUACCUGUAUAGCUACCCUAAAGGGGAUAAUUUAUUACUAUUUAUUGUAAGAGGUUGAUGUGGCGUCAAGGACAAGUUAAAGUAAGUAAUGUACUGCAUGGUGUUGUUAUAAACCGUAACAUAAUUAUUGUGUAUAGUCAUGUACAGUGUAUAGAAUAAAUAUAUGUUUACAACACAUAAAGGAGAGAUUCACCCAUUUUGAAUAUUAUAUGAAAUUUGUGCAUCUCUGAGCUAUGAUGCAAAACGCAUCAUACUGGCUGUGUUUCUGCCUGCUUGAAUGGCUAAUAGCUCAGAUACACAAGAAAACAUGAAAUGACCCCUGGAAUCGAUAGAACAUAGCUCAGAGAUAGACAAAUAUGAUAGAACAUUUAAAAUGGGUGACUCUGUCCUUUAAGUACUAAGUAUUUGUCCUUUUAUAAUAAAUAACGUG